GAUGAUUGCACAAUUGAGCCCCUGACGUACGGUCGUAUCUCCUCCUACUACUACCUGAAGCACCAGACAGUCAGGAUGUUCAAGGAGAGGCUGAGGGCUGAGCUGCCCAUCCAGGACAUCCUCUCUGUCCUCACGGUAUGUCUGACUGACUGCUCGUAAUGACAACAGAACAUGAUGACAUUGCCUUAUCUUCAUCAGGGCAUCUGUCACCUCCACUAUAUACUGGACUAGACUACUGGACUAGACUACUGGACUAGACUACUGGACUAGACUGUACUGGACUAGACUGUACCGGACUAGACUACUGGACUAGACUGGACUAGACUGGACUAGACUACUGGACUAGACUACUAGACUACUGGACUAGACUGUACUGGACUAGACUGUACUGGACUAGACUACUGGACUAGGACUGUACUGGACUAGACUACUGGACAGAUGUACUGGACUAGACUGUACUGGACUAGACUUACUGGACUAGACUACUGGACUAGACUGUACUGGACUAGACUGUACUGGACUAGACUACUGGACUAGACUGUACUGGACUAGACUGUACUGGACUAGACUGUACUGGACUAGACUACUGGACUAGACUGUACUGGACUAGACUACUGGACUAGACUGUACUGGACUAGACUGUACUAGACUAGACUGUACUGGACUAGACUGUACUGGACUAGACUGGACUAGACUGGACUAGACUGUACUGGACUAGACUGUACUGGACUAGACUACUGGACUGGACUAGACUAGACUGUACUAGACUGGACUGGACUAUACUAGACUGUACUGGACUGAACUAGACUGUACUCCAUCAUCAGCGGUGGGACUACAGCCAUUGAUUUGCAUUCCGUUUUUGAAAUGUUGGAGUGUGUAGUUGAAUCUAAUAGUCUAUCAGGCAUUGUGCAGGCCAGAUGCUAUUUGUUCACCAUACUACUGUGGUUCUACAUGUACUUCUCCCAUUGUGUUCACAUUGAGUGAGAGGGGGAUAGACUACUGGACAGGAGGAUAGCUAGAUGACCAUGAUGGGUCAGGGUCUCAGUUCUGUCAAAUAAACACCUCUUUAUCUGGGCCUCAUUAACUCCCCUCAUCACUCCUGGGUCUCUAUGUCUUUGUUCUCCUCCACUGGUUUUCUUCUCUCUUCUUCCCAGUUAAUAGUGAGUACCUAUUCCUCCUCUCCCUCUGUUCCCUGUUUUAGUCUGUUAUUCCUAGUGAGGCUGCUGAUUGGUUGCUGCUAAUUGGUGGGAUCAUUAGGACACAAAGCGGUUUCACACCUCCGUGGGGGUCACCCGGCGACAUCGCAGCUGUGUCAGAUAGCCCGUCGUGCCCCCUCCACCCUCUAAUACCCCCCCAUUAUGGGUCUCACCCAGACAUUUAGACGAGGGGGAGGGUGAAGGAUCAAAGGUUAGAUAGGAAGUGUUGGGAAAGAAAUGUGUUGAAAAUGCAGAAAAGAUUGAGACAUUUUCUUCCCCUCUUUUGCACCUACAACGCCCCCAGCCAGACCCUACACCCCCCCGUCCCUUGUCCACUCCCCCCAGCAAGAUCCCUCCCCGCCCCCGUCCCUUGUCCACUCCCCCCCCAGCCAGACCCCUCCCCCUGUUGAACACAAAGGACCUGAAGCUCUACUAUUUCCUCUUCUUAAAGUUCACAAGUGACCUACUACGUUCACCACACACACACACUGAAAGAGUAUGUGAAAAAAGUAUGUUGCUCUUUCUCUCUUUCUCUCCUGCUCUUUCCAACCUUUGCCUCCCCCAUUCCAUCCCUCCCUGUCUGUAAAUGUCACUAAAGAGAACGUCUGUGGGAGAGAUGGAUGGAGGGAGGGAGGCAGGGAUGGAUUGCUGGAUGGAGUGAGUGAGUAGGGGAGUUAGCAGUUAGUGUGUUAUGAGGAUCUCUGUAUAAAGAUAUAUUGUAUUUAUCUCCUGCACAUCUGCAUGCAGACACUAAACCACUGCCAUAUCAAUCAUUUUAUUCCCCUUUUUUCCCCUCAUCAUUCCCUCUGUUCCUCAAUCCCCCUCUUUUCUAACGCUGCAUCUCUCUGGUGACGGAUGGAACCUUAACAGUCCAGAGCAGGGUAGGCCCAAUGAUAAAUGUCUCCGCUGGUCCUCUGUUGAUGAAGUACGUUAGCGAAACUUAACGUACUGCAGUGAAUUAGAGAAACACAGAAAAAGAGCCAUGCGUGUCCAUGCAUCUCUGUCUCCCCUGAAACCCCACAAACAAGCCUCCACACAGAACACACCGUCAGCACUGAACACAGCCCGAUUGAAAACGCAUCAUCGUUUUAUAUCACACCAAAUCGUUUAUAUAGCCUAUACAUAUCUUAUGAGGAGUGAGGAAUAGAGAUGUGGGUAGACAUUUAGACAGUUUAGCACACACUCUAACCAUAUGAAAGGGAACCACCACUGUACAUUGUAUUAAAAAAUAAAACUUUACAUUGUGGAAAAUUGCUGUGUAGUUGCUGACUUUUUGUAGGAUUUUAUGAGCAGGUGUGGACAGUUAUAACUUAAGGUUUCUUCAUUCGCUUAGAGGUUUUGCUCUUAAAUAUAAUUUUGGGGAACUGCUCUCUUGGGUGAGGGGAGCCAGUGAUCCUGAUGCAGCUGUUUUAACAGAGAUGACUGAAACAAAGGAUUUAACCACAGAACCACAGCAGGGAACUGACUUCCUCCUCGCUGACUUUGAUCUCUCUCCUUCCAUCUCUCCUUCUCUCUUUCUCUCUAUAUCCCCCUCUCUCUUCUCUCUCCCCCUCCCCUCCCCUCCCCCUCUCCCCUCCCCUCCCCUCCCUCCUUCCCUCCCUCCUUUCCCCCUCCCUCCCUCCUUCCCUCCCUCCCCCCUUCCCUUCCUCACUCUCUUCUUCAGGAUGCUGAGGAGUACGGGGAGCUGCCUGUCAGGCACAACGAGGACCAGCUGAACAGUGAGCUGGCUCAGCGUCUCCCCCUGCAGGUCAACCCCCACAGCUACGACAGCGCCCACACCAAGACACACCUGCUGCUGCAGGCCCAUUUCAGCCGCGCCCAGCUGCCCUGCUCCGACUACGGCACCGACACCAAGACCGUGCUGGACAACACCAUACGCAUCUGUCAGGUUAGUGGAAGAUCUGCUGUGUAGGUUUAUGUACAGUACCAAACACUACAUCCCUCUGGGUUCAUCCACCGCCCUGCCCCUUUCUGAACAGUGCACCUCUGAAAUACUUCCUCUGUUUUCUUGUGCUUUUGUUCCCAUCAAAAAGAACAGCUUGCUUUCAUACAUCCCAGAAUGGAUCCUCUCUCAGCCCUGGGAUUCAGACCCUGAGCACAUUUCCAUGUGUCAGUCAGAGCACCAGUACUCAGUACUUUUUCCUAUUUUGCAGUUAACAUUUAAUUUGGAAAGUUUUAUGGGAUAGCCUUUAGAAAUGACUGAUUCUGCAUCGCUAACUGGCUACACAAAGUGGUGGACAGUGCACACGGGCAUUCCCAUGCAUUCUUUAAUAUUCUUUACUUUGGAUUGAACGAAUAGGCUUUGGAUUGAACGAAUCUGCGCUGGCUUUUUUCUCUAGGGCACUCGGAAACAGCUGCACAGUGAAGCCUAUCACUACAACCAUUAUUAUCUGGGUGAUUAUUUUUUUUCCUGGUCGCACUGGUGCUCCCAAAAUAAAAUGUCAGAUCGCACAACUAAUUAUCCAGGAGCAUGUGCCACCAAAUGGUUGCACUUUAGAGCCCUGGGCAUAGACAUGUUAUGGAGGUGCCUUGGAGGGCACUGGUAAACAGAAUGCCUGACAGUCUUUUCAAAUAAUAGAAAUUAUCAUUUGUUAACUUGUAUUCAAACUAUUUCCAUUUCAAUGUGAUAAUUGAUCUGUAUAUUUUGCCUUUUUAAAAGACAAAGACAAAUACUGUAUCUCUUUUGGGUCUCUGGCUUCUUUGCAUGAAAGUGUUGAGGGAGAUGAGGACCACAGUCAGGUUUGACCACAUGACAACCUGGCGGUGGAACCCCACCUCACGGGGACAGCACGGCUUUAACACCACAGACUGCACUGUCUGCCACUAACCUAACCACCAACCACACACUUACUGCUGAUAGUUCCAGUACACACACACAAUACACACACACACACUCUAAGAAUACACACACACAUAAUGUGGAUCCUGACCGGCAGUAGGCCCUGUCACUCAGGAGGCUGUUGAGGUGUGGAGAUUAGUUGUAGCUCCUCUUAAAAAGAGCUUUCUCAGGGAUUGCCCCUAACAACCAGGCCUGCCCACCAAGUGCCCUGGCCACCAGAUCCCAGGUCUGCUGGUGAUUGGCCAUGCCUGGGAGAGAUUUGGUCCAUGUCUGGCUGUAGGAUCUGGAUCUGGAUCUGUAAGCCAUUGUUUCUGCCUUUGUAUGUGUGGGGGAUGAUCUACGAAGCGCUGACUGUGUGUGUGUCUGGUAGUGAUUGUCCAUUGCUUGUCCAUGUGGUUACUUUUCUGGCUUCCUGCUGUGCCAGGCCAGGCUAACAGAGCUUUUCUCCUCCUCAUGUGGCGAGGGUAUCGUAUUCAUUAGAGCAAAACGUUUUGCAACGGAAAAUGAAAUCAAGCGUCUCUUUUUGGACUGAUGUUUCAGUCCGUUUUCUUCCAUUUGGUGCCUAAUGUAUAUGGCCCAGCUAACAGGACUCCAGUGACAUCAGCCGUAGUUCUGUCAUCAUCCAUUUGCUUCUUCAGCUUCCGUGAAAUGUUAAUCACUACUACUUUAAUUUGUACUGCAUUAGCAUUUUGAUUAACUCUGCCGGGACUUCGCCUGUGCACUCAAGGUCCUCUUUAGUCAUAGUUAUUGCCGGGGAAUUACUUUCUGAUUAAUUGAGUUUGUUAGAAUGCAGCGUAGCUCGGCAAACUCUAACCUUACGAGGGAGGGAGCAGGUUAGCGUUUUUCGUCAUGAAGCUCUGCAGAGUGGUCACUAGCUGGCACAGCCACAAAGUCAUAAAAUAUGAUUUUAAAUCUAACCUUAACCACACUGCUAACCCUAAUGCCUAACCCUAACCUUAAAUUAACACAAAAAAGCAACACCAAAAAGCAAUAUAGCCAAUUUGUACUUUUCAGCUGUUUAGCAUAUGUGCAUGAAUGUGUAAAGACAUGCUGAAUUUGAGUGUGCAAAAUGGGCUCAAUCGUAAUGUAACUCAGUGUGAGUGAAUCUCACACUGAUGUCAGUGGGGGAUUUUAUAUAGUUAUAUAAAUGCGCACAUUUUUCAACUAAAGUAGUUCCUGUAUGUCUGUCUAUCUGUCUGUGCAUGUGUGUGGGUGUGUGCAUCUCUACAGGCCAUGCUGGACGUAGCAGCCAACGAGGGCUGGCUGGUGACUGCUCUCAGCAUCUGUAACCUGGUGCAGAUGAUCGUUCAGGGCAGGUGGCUCAAUGACUCCUCUAUACUGACCCUACCUACCAUAGAGCAGCAACACCUCUACCUGUUCAGGUAAACGACAUUACACACACACACACACAAUGAGAAUGGUGCUAGGACUCUCUAAUUAACACUAUGACAUGGACCAUUUUAUAAUCCACAGACACUAUCAAACUCUGCAAACAUUAUUAUCAUCAAGCAGCAUCAGUUACAUUCUGCUAACCUCAGGGCUGCUCACGCGCGCACACACACUAACACACACAACGAACAGACUUCCUCACUGUACGGAAGCGUUUGAGACACUCCCCACGUGGACUACAUUGAAUAUAGAGGAGAUAGUGAUGGGAAGGGCACGGUACCCCCUGCAGAACUGACCACUGAAACUACAGCUCCUUCAAGGCCCCUCCCACCCACAUCACCUCAGCAUGAGAACCGGUGUUUCCAGUGCUUCACACAUCUGAACCACCAAGGAGAGGCAAUAAGAGAGCCAUCGCAGGAUACAAGCAGCUCCCAGGAGUACUCUGUUCCCUUUAUGUGUGUGACCGGACCUUCCGUCCUCGAGGAGCUACCCAGCACCAGGCUCACAACAAGGAGGACAAGCCCUUCAAGUGUCCCCACUGCCAGGAGAGCUUCCGCACCUUCUCUGAGCUGACGACCCACAGGAGACAGGUCUGUCCAGAGAGGCAGUUUGUAUGUAAGGACUGCAGUGAGACCUUCCGCAGCCCUGCCCUCCUUCGUACCCACCGCCUGGCCCAGCACCCCCGUCCAGAGGCAGAGGUGGAAGAGCCAGAUGACCCUACCAAGACGCACCGCUGUGGGAAGUGCAACCGGGGCUUCGAAACGGAGUCUGAGCUAAUAAUGCACCAGGAGAACCACGCCGGUGACCAGCACUGCAACGGCGGCGCCUCGCCAGCCAAGAAGCGCGGACGGCCCAUUAAAGCAGAGGACACAGCGGUCGGAGAGAAGAAAGGGAAGAGGAGGAAGAAGAAGGAAGAGGGGACAGAGGAGGCUGAGACUGGAAACAAUGCAGAGGAGGCUGCAGCAGCUCCGGCUGAGACCAAGGGGAAAGCAGCAGCCGGCGGCAGACGGGGUCGUCCUAAAGCAACAGCAGGCGAGGAGGCCAGAGAAGACGACAGUGAAGUCCCAGCAGAGGAGAAGAAACCCAAGGCGGCUCCCGCUCCACCCAAGCAGCACCCCUGCCCUGAGUGUGAGCUCACGUUCCAUGCCCUGGCCCAGCUCCGCGCCCACAAGAAGGAAAAGCACACCCCACGUAAGGCCCACCCCUGCGAGGAGUGUGAGGAGAGCUUUGCCCGUGCCGAGCAGCUAGAAGCCCACAAGAACCGGGCACACACCAAGGGGCGUUACGCCUGCCCUACCUGUGGCAAGAGCUUUGGCCGAGAGAGCAACCUGAAGGCCCAUCAGCAGAGCAGCCACCCGGAGGAGGAGGAGAAAGAGGCAGCGGGCCGCAGCAAGAGAUAA